AUGAAGACUGAUAAAUUUGUAUACUUCAAGGACUCUUGGCGCAUCUCCACAGGAAACUCGGAGAUCAAGGUCUAUCAGCAUUUGCACGAGCAUGGUGUCGGAAACAUCGCCACGCCGAUUUGUGGUGGCGAUGUCGUGCAUACCGACGGGACUCUGCACCGAACGUUGGCUCAGGAUCACAACGGCAAAGCAGAAUACAUCCAUUGCCGGCUUGUGGUGGAAGAGAUCGGUGAGUCCAUCCUGGACUAUCCCACGAGCAAAGACUUGGUGGCGGUGAUGUUUGGCGCCGUGGUUGCACAUCGGCAGGCUUGGGAGAAGGCUGGGGUGCUGCACGGGGACAUCAACCACCGAUGCGAGGUCAUCCAAAGAGCGGAAGUAUAUGACUACCUUGAGGAUGACUCUUUGGUCAAGGCACAAAUAUUGACGAUGUACUUGCCGACACCAUCAUCUAUCAGUUCUCCAUGCUCGUUUCUGUUCACUAGCUUCCCUGACAAGCAGCGAGGAUGA